UUGAAUCCUCUUCAAAUAUACAUACAAACAAAAAAAUAUAUCAGACACUAAGAAAAUCUAAGAAUAUAUAAGACAUAUCAACUAAAGAUAUCGAGCCGAUAUUCCACUGAAGAAAUCGGCAUGCAAAGUACUAACAUAAAACGAAACUAACGAGAGAGUCCACGAUUCCAAGGAAGCAAAAAAUUUUUUUGUUGUCUAACAUCCAAGGUCCGAUGCUCACAUGAUGGCCGAAAGAACGAUCAAUUGGGCCAUGGAUGCCGAGAUGGGCAUGAUUAAGCUCAAGACAAUGACAGCGGUAUGCUUUGUGUGCAACCUGCCCAUCAUGUCACAUCAGGUGGGUCUGGUGUGGUCAGGUGGCAACGGCUGGGACGACCUCGUCCGCGAACAGCUGGAAGAGUCAACGAUCCGUCAGCGAUUAGGCGGACGUCGCGAUUCCGCCGCCCAGAUCACAACCCCACCGAGCACGUCGCCACCGCCAGGACUUCAACGGCGGCGGCGCAGCUCCUUGGCCCAACUUACUGACAUUCUGCGCGAGUGGAGCGGCGGCACCAAGCAACAGACCCAACAGCAGCAGCAGCAACAGGCCCAGCAGCAGGCCCGCAACAAGGGUCAGCUGAAUCGGCGCGAAACGCUUGCCGAUCUCGCCCGCAGCCUGCCCUGGCGGACAUCGACGACAGAUGCGAGCACUGGUGCUGGUGGUGCUGGGGCUGGGACUGGUUCCAGUACCAGUGGGGGCAAUAUCACGUACAUUGCCCCACGCAAGCGUCGCGAGUCGAGCGCCGAUUCCGGCAUACGCAGCAUCAGAUCUCGCCGCGAAUCGAACACGGCCGAGUUCGUGAAGCACUGGAACAGGCGCGAGAGCACCGCCGUCGAGGAGCAAGCACCAAGCCACAUUUCCGUGAAUGUGGUGGUCGUCGAAACUACCACUAAGAGCGCCUCGCGCCGCGGAUCCGGGGAGAGCUACCUGUCGAGCAGCCGGCGGGACAGCAAUGUCGCCGGCCGCGUGACAACGCCGCCACCGCCACCCAAGUACCAGGUGACCAAGAAGCGGGACUCGCUCGCCGCCCCGGAGUUCCCCAACUUCCGGCAGGAGCAGCGCCCCUCCACCAGCUCCGCCGGCUCCUGUCACUCCGACUCCGUCUCCGUGCCACUAAUCCAGUACCAUCAGCAGGUGGACUCCGCAUGCCAGGCCCUGCCGCCGCCCACCAUCAUCACCAGCUCGGUGACGCCGCCGGCCACCAGUCCAACGGCACCGAAGGGUCGGCGCGACUCCACCACACAGUGCGGCCGCGUCAAUCGGCGCGACUCGAAGGCGGGCCACAGUCCGGAGCGCGCACCGCGCAUGAACCGCCUGCAGCGGCAGGCGACGGCCUUCGACGAGAGCGUUCUGCCUGGCGGCAGUCGACGCGGCUCCCAGCCAGCCCUCAGCCCGGAUCCGCCCGAGGAUUGUGAGCGCCGUGCCUCGCGCCGCGACUCCCUUUCGCCGGACAGCGCCUCGCGCGGCGGACGACGCGACUCGCGCACCCAUCUCUCGCCCGACCGCACACACGAGCGCGACGGCAGUCCACGGCGACACACGCUGCGCCGCCAGAGCAGCUCGGCGGCCCGCCACUCGCCCGAAUCGAACAGCUGCGGCUCGUCGCGGGAUCCCAGUCCGUGCUCCCGGCCACCACCGUUGCCGGCUGUGGAACAGAACCAGAGACCCGCCAUCAGGCGCCAGUCCACCACCGAGGAGAUCCUCAUUGCGCGCGGCUUUCGGCGCCAGUCCACCACGGAGGAGAUGAUACGCUGCCGCAACUUCCGGCGCCAGAGCUCCCAGAGCGAUGACGUCUGUCGCUACCGCGGACGUCGCGAUUCAUCGGCUCAGAUCAUUGACGGUACCAUCGGCACCAUGACCGUGGAGACCACCAGCACUUUCUUCGACUCCAGCACUCAGACAGAACCAUCGCCGCUGUACGACAACAACCACUACCAUGAGGAGUGUCUGCGGUGCAACUCGUGCGGCUUGAAUUUGACAGGACCCAACCAGAGGCGCGCCAGGAGGUUCAAGAACCAGAUCCUGUGCGACCUGCAUUUCGCAGACGUGGCCCUAAUGGAGUGCUCCGAUUUUAUGCAGCAGCUGCGGAGCUUCAAGCCCCAAUCGCUGGGCUGUGCGGUGGCGCGACGCAAGAGCUCCACGACGUUAAUAUUUCCAUUGCCGCCGCAAGCAUGUUCAGGUAUGUAG